UUUUGCUACAGAUUAGAGCGUCUUUUUCUGCUGUUGGACACUGGCUCCACCGCAGUUACUCGGAAAGCAGCGGCCCAACAACUUGGUGAGGUGCAAAAGUUACAUCCUCAUGAGCUGCACAAUCUUCUCAGCAGGGUAAGAUUUUAAAUACUGGAUACAAACUUUAGUGGGCCUGACUUAUAUUAGGUCUUUCAGCUGAAUCUUUGUGCUGAUAAAAUUAAUUAUUCAAGCUAUUGUAGCUGCUUGAGGUCGUGUUACCUCGGUUUGAGUUAAUUUACCCCACCGACGACCUAUUGCUUUUGAUUAAAUAUUGCCAUUUGGUUGAUAUUAAUGUGUAUGAAGCUUAUUUUGUAGUUCUUUCGAAUUGCAUUUUAUGACCACAUUGAAUUAUUUUGGGAGAUACAUGGGAAUUAAGGGUUUGAAACCCAGCAAAGGGCAAGAAAGGUUGGUGGGGGUGGGGAAGGGGGUGGUUUGGGAAUGAACCACAAUAUAUGGGUUAUAUAGGUAUGUGCCACUGUGAAGGGUAUGGUUUUCAAGCAACGUAGUCUGGUAUAGGGUAUAGAAAUCAGCGAGUUUUUGUAGGAGAAGGUAUCAUUUUCCAGGAAACUGAUCAAUUAUUAAUUGAGGAUUUUAGUCUAAUUGGCCUAAAAAAAUGGAAUCAGCAAAUUUUAAGUUACAUGCAACUCAUUUUAAUCACAAAGAAAUUACCAACCUUCGAAAAAUCCUAAGGAAGUGCAUUUUUGAGACUUGCCAAUUUUCAAGACUGUGUCCUGAGUUUCAUGAUUUCAUGAUCUAUGUUAUGCUCUUGUUAGUAUAACUGAUUUCUCACACUUUCUCAAAAAGUCACACCCCCGAAACCUUUUGGAGCAUCUGUAGCAUUUGUUUGCAUAUUAGAUAGCAAAUUCAUUCUAAAUAACAGACCCAAUGGUAGCAUUUGAUUAGUAAAUUGUGAAUUGCUAACUUGGUGCAUUGUUUACAUUCUUCAGCCAGGAGUGUUUUACCGCGAACCCUACUGCGACUUGCCACUGCCACCAAAUGCCCAGACUCAUUUUUGGAUUUUUUUCCCUGGAUACUAUGAAUGUUGCCCCCGGCUACUUUCAUAGGAAAAUAGAAGAAACAAAUUAGCACCAAAAGAAAUCCCUAGCUGUUUAAUUCCCAGCCUACUUGUUGUAUUUACCCGGGAACUUGAAACGUUGUUUUAGUGGCAUCCCUGAUAUGUGACUUCAAGAGAGAAUACUUCUUCAUGGAUUUAGCUAAGGAAAAACAAAACAGCCUCUCUUGUCAGUUGAGCUGGCUUUUUUACUGAACUGUUCCUUCAAAACUACCCUAUGUCUUUGUUUUCCAGAAUAAAUUUUUUUUAGCUGGUGGUAAGCUUCUUUUUAGCCUGUGAAAUUAGCCGGCAGCUGGCUCUUAGUGAUAUCCCUGCUUCUAAUACUCAAAAUCUCCCGAAAUUCCUUCCACCAGGAAAUUGGGGACAUUCAAAAACAUGGCAUCCUCAGAUAAGAUAAGAAAAAUGGAUUGUCACCAUGAUUUUUAUGUGAAAAUAUGAUUUUGCCAUUAUAAGAAAGAAAACAGGUAUUUUUCAGACACUUAACAAUGUUCUUGGAAACUUUUAAUGGAGCCAAGCGUGGGUCUUGGUGUUCUGCUCUAUAAACUAUAGCUUGUUAAAUUUUACUACCUGUAGCACAACUUACCAUGGCCAGAGCUUAAUGCUUAUGCUAGGAAACAUUUAGCAGAUAUGCAACAAACAAAGAUUACCUUUGUACACCUACUGACCCCUAACCCGUUGCCCUUUAUGGCCUUAGGAGAAGGCUGUGCGCUUGUAUGUCAUACCAAUAUUUCAUGACCUAAGUCCUGUCUUUUGUGAGGUACUACCUUUUAAGUUUUUCCUUAUGCUAGUGGCAUGUUACUGAUAAAUAUUAGUGUGACUGAUUAAUAAGCCUGUUUAUAUCUUUUUGGCUUACUGUAUUAUUGUUCUAUGCAGGUUGUAUGUUUUGGUAGAAGUCUCAUUACAACACUUAAAUUUUGAAAAAAAACUGUAUAAAAUUUCAGUUGUUACAAAAUUAUAUUUUUAACACACAGGACAAGCUAUAUAAACUAGAUAAGUACUAUUCAUAACUCAAGAGUGAUAUCCUUCUAAUUCUUGUAAUUACAGGUGCAUGUAUUUCUAAAGAGUAGUAGCUGGGACACAAGGAUAGCUGCUGGUCAGGCUGUAGAGGCAAUUGCCCAGAAUGUGCCUCAGUGGAACCCAGCGGCCAUUGGCGGAAUCAAAGGUAUGAUUUAAAGAUCAAACGUUACUUCUUGAUGUUGUCCGUCUUAGAGUCGAACCUCAACCAAUGGCCACCUGGAGCUACAUGACUUGUACAAUGGCUCUCUCCGCAACAUGGCCACUCUUUUGUCCAUUCAUUCAGUCUUGUUUUAACCUCUAUAGAACUGCAACUUCUCCACAGUGCAAUUUGCAAUAAAUUGGACCCCAACUGUCAAAAUAAUCUUUCUCAGUGACCUUUUAUAGGCAAAUCAUCAAGUUAAUGAUGCAUUGUACCCUUCCUUAAUUGAUAAUAUGUUUGUACUGGGCAUUAUUUGUUAGGUUUCCAGUUUACUGACAAAAUGUGUUACCUGUUUACUUGCUAUAGCAAGCAUUGAUUGGCUCUACCAUUCCUCUCCAAACUCCCACAAUCUCAUAAUGGCCAACUUUUCUACAGCAGCCACUGACUUCUUUUCUCAAGGUGGCCUUAUUGAGAGGCUUGCCAAGUAAACUCUGUAAAGUCUGUAAGGGCUGUAACAAUUUACCCAUCCAGCAAAGCCUUUCUUUCUCUUGCUCAACUUUGGCGUACUUGAGAAAGACUCCGCAUGAAUUGAGUAGGAUCUAUAUUGCAGCAUGUUGGUACAAUACAGUUUCCAACCAAGUCCUAAUAGCCAUGUGCUUGCUACAGCUGGCUCAGUUAUGAUCAUCAUUUUAUUAAUAAAUGAAUGCUCGCACUUGAAAAAUUAACCAGUCUGACAAGAGAGAGCAAGAUUGAGUUUUCCACUAAGUUUGGAAUGGGGUGCCCUCAAAGAUUUGCCUGAUGUGAUUCAGGCAGAACCUCCUUUUCUCCUCCUCACUCAAGAAGACAAAAUGAGACUCUGCUUGCAGGGUGGUAACAAUUGACAAAAAUCUGGAAUGGUGCUUGCUAGAUACAUUAAUUUUGUACAUGUCCGGGGCUGUCAAUAAUGGCCGGUAGUCGGCCAAAACCACUGGUUUGUUAGCCACCCUUAGGGGGCUACUUUCAUCUCCUUCUACCAUAACUGCUACCAAAAAUUAGCAUCAUCGAAUAAAAUUGUAAAGCAUCCGUUUGCCAGUUUUGAGUGACAUUGAACGCAUAUUUAAACAGGUUUAGAUCUGUGAAACGUUCAAAUGGAGCGAUGUUGUGGAAUGCCUGGGACAUUUCGACGGCAUUGUUCCCAGUCUUGCGUGUAUUCUCGGUGUGUUCUGACAAAACAACAUGGCGUCCAUGGUAGAAAAUACCUCUUCACAACCCCUGGAAAUGGCAUUUCUGAGAUUCUAAAUUCAAAAUGUCCCUAGAUGCCUUGGCCCUCAAGAACUUGUGCCUUUGGUGCUAGUUCCAAAGCCACCUACUAUUCAUUAUCAGCCUGCUACUUAAAAACUUUUUGACAGCCUUGCAUGUAUGUCUGUCUAGGUAGUUAGGUAAUUGUUAGUCAUUCUUUAACACACAAUGCAGCUUUUUCAUUCUCGUAUGGCUGCUUGUUUGUCAGUUUUUACCAUUUCAUCAUAGCCUUCUUUUAACUAAAGUUAUUAUCACUAUUACGGUUAUCAUAAAUAUUUUACCUUUGUGUCUUAUCGCUCUUGCAGCUGAACCAGUUGAGAAGGACAAAGUCGAAGAAACAUCUGAAAGUGAACUGCUGGAAUUCUCCAAGUUUGAUAUAAAUCGUGUUUUAAAACAUGGAGAGCGUUUGGUAGGAUCAUCUGGAGCAGAAUAUGAUCUUCCAGAUGAAGACCUUUUAGGUAAUGAAAAUUCAUACACUAUUUUUAAACUCAUGGUCCUUUUCCCUGAGUGCAAUAUUCUUUGACGGCUUUCUUGUAGGCAGUCCUUUUUUGUUAAUAAAGAAAAAUUUCCAUAAGAAUUCAUCUAUUCCAACAAGUCAAAAAUCUUGUAUUUUCGUGCAAAAAUAAUUUUUGUUUUAAUGACAUCAUCUUAUAGAACUUUACAUUGGGGGUCUUACUAGUUGGUGUGGCCAAGCUUCUAUCAGGGUACUCCCAAUACUCCUCAUACUUGUAAGAAAAUUUUAUCAUAAUCUUGACAAAAUAGUUUCCUUGAGAACACCUGUCUGUAAAAAUCAGACAAAUUCAAAAUUUGGUGGCAAGGGUGGAAAAUUUGAUUUCUUUCAUGUUUUAAUGAGAUAGGCUAGGGUAUAAAUUACUAAGAUCACUGUAUAGUUUUUUUUCGGUGAAAUAUCCUUUCAUUUCAGAGAUACUGGUUAAAUGCAAAUUAUAACCAAAAUCCACUAAAACCAUCAUUUGAGGCGCUUAAUUAUUACACUGGUUUGAAGCCUCGCCUGGAAAAACAGAUUAUUCCAGUGUCUUUGAAACAAACUUCUUUUACAACCUCCAAACAUCUAGUAAAAUGAUCUGGGGUAUUAGUGUGUUAUUUUUGUUAUACAAAAUAAUUUAAUUAAUCGUGAAGGCAUACAAUUUACGUCAGUGAAAGUAAUUUAAUCCAUAAAAAUUCUGAGUUUAUCAAUAUUUUUCAGGACUUGAACCCAAGGAGAGGUUAAUUAGACAGCAAAAACUUUUAAGAAAACGCCUAGGCCUUGAUAUUGCACCUGGGAUAGAUGUUGGAAUGGAUAAAUUAUUUGAUGAUGAAGAUCUGCUAGUUAAUCCUCAUGAGGUCAAGGGGAAGACCCUAAGUAAACAAAGAUCAUUUGAGGUACAUAGAUUAAACUUUUGUGUCCUUGAAGCUACAACAGAUCUGCACCUUUCAGUGGACUAUGGAAUGAAAGACCUGCAGAAAAUCUUGUAACUUGAAUAUUUAAGGGUCAGCUAAUAACUUUGCUGUGUUACCAGUCCUGUGUAUUGAAUUAUUUUAUCGAAAGGUUCAGUUGGUGGUUCAUGACAAUUAGUUUUGAAUGUAGAUCCUCGCCUGGGAUUUUUCUUCUUUACCUGUAACAUUGGGGGUAUCCUUGAUUUGAGUGUGAUGCCCAUCUUUUAGUUAAGAGUUGAAAUAAUUUUUAUAGCAGAUUUUGCUAUCAAUUAGGGUGUUGGGAAUGAAAAUUACAGCUGUAUGCCAAUAUUUUUUUUACCCAUCGAAGUAUUGGUUAGGCUUUGAGUAAAGAAAUAAUCAUAAAACUCCAUAAAUACUGAGUGUCUAAAUUAAUUGCAAUUAAAAUCACUAUAGCAUUUGUAUUGAUGUGUGUGUCGUAAUACAGUCAUGUAUGGUAAUCUUUCUGGUCAAAUGAAGCUGGAACCACACCCAUUCAUCAUUACAUGGUUGUUCCUCAACCUUGGAUUUACAUGAGUUUGAGUUUUAAUGAGAGUCUCUAUGCAUCUUUCAUUAGGGACUUUAAGAUUCAACAAUGCGACGAGAACGACAAUGUCUAAAAAUCAAUUAGGUUUAAUAAGCAAAGCAACAACUUUGCAUGGGCAUCACGCUUUUUUGUACUUUGUUUUGCCGUUUUUGCACGACUAUGAUGAGUAAAUGGCUAAUGUCAUGUUUUAUGGAGAACGUAAUCAAGCAACAACGAAAUUUUAUUUCCCUUUCUGAACUUGAAUAUGGUCCCUUAGAAUGCAAAUUCAGGAGGGUUUGUGUACAUUUGACAUAGUAAGUAUAAGUAGGAAUAAUCGCGAUAAAGACUAAAAACCCAAAUUUAUACUUUUUAAGCGACGUUCUCAUUGCUGUCGCGUUGUUGAAUCUUAAAGUCCCUUUUGUGGCAUUAUCAGGCCUGUCAUUAAGUUCUGAAACUCCAACAGCCAUAACAAAUGAAGAUUCACCCAUAACAUCUCCCAAAAAUUUAUGGUGUCAUCUUUAGCUUUCCACUUCGAGUGAGCUCAGCCGUAAGAGUUGCUAGCAGUUGUGGCCCUUAAUGAAAGCUCUAAGUAGGUACUGAAAUUAAACUUUGACUGUUCCCUAGAGUGCUGCUGAUGUGGUUGCAGCAGAAAUAGCUGCAAUUAGUUCUUCAUCAAUGAGUUCGAGAGAAAAGAACAGAGCCAUUCGGAAAGCCAAAAUGUUGGCCAAACAAAGAUCAAAAGAUGCAUCAAAGGAGGGAGAUUCUUUCCAGUCAAAUAGGUAAUUAUUGAAUCCAUCGCUGUUUGUGCAAAAUUGUCCUCAAACAAUUUAUUUAUCCUCUUGAAAAACUUCCCACGAAAUGAUUUGACAAUUGCCAACCGGGCCCAGGUGUUUGAAAGCUGGUAGCACUAUAUGUCAGCUAAAUCAUCAUCUAUUGGCUGAUUAUUUGGAAAACCAAUGUGUUAUCCACUGGACAGAGAUUUAUAUCCAGUGGGCAGCACUAUCCACCCUUUGAACAACUGGGGCUCGAUGUGAACAGUUUUACUGUAAUUUGUUUGGGACAGGAAACUUGUGUCAUAAAGGCAGUACACGUAAUGUACACUCAAUGUUUUUUUUUAUUUUGUCUUUCAUUUAAAAGUUUUCAUACAAGCACUUAACAUUAAAAUGACCCCUGCCGCAAGAACAAGUCAGACUUGGUGGUCGGUCGAAGGUUAUGUCUCCUUAUCUUAAUUUAAAUAUGGCCACACGGCCCUCCUUGGCAAAGAAUCUGCCCUCAGCUGUUGUAAUAAUUAUGAUAGAAUAAUUAGCACAACUUAUUCUUUUAGCAAAUCAUAUGAAUUAGGUAUUAAUGUAUGACUGGUACUGAUCUGUUCUUGUUUUUGGUGGGAUAUACAUGCAGCAUUGAUAACGACAUGGAUCCAGAGCAUGGCCCAGCCUCAAAGAAGCGCAAGACUGCCAGUGUUAUUGUUGAUCAACCUGCGGAAUCUGACAAGAUGGUCGUUGAUCAGGUUACUGAUGUUUCAGCAACAUUUGAAGAGGUAUUGUACCUUGCUCUCUACUGACUGUCUUGUAUUUUGUUAAAAGUUGUUUUUGUCCAUUAUACUGUUUAUGUAUAUUUAGUAAGUACAUGUAAAAAGGCCGGGGGUUGCAUAACUGCUAAAAAGUAUUAAAAUUAAUCUGCUACUUAAAAAAUGUAAUUUGAAGUAGAUUUAAAGAGAUCCAAAAAAUGCGAUGCUACAUUAACUUUUUUGACACAUAAAAUAGAAUAAAAUUUUUAUUAAAACUGAUGUUGGUGUUGUUUAAUGAUUGAAAAUAAAGGAUCUUUUUAUUAUAAUUAUGAAUGUUACAUUGCUUUAACAGGAAAUGUACAUUAUUAUUUUUAUUUUGUACAUGUAUUUUUGACUCAGUAAAGACACUAGACAUUCAUGCUGACAGUCUCUCAGUAUCAGGGUUCUGAGAAAGUCAGUCUUAUAGCUUGCCCUUAGCAUGUACUAGCCUACAUUUGUAAGAGUCACUUUAACUAGCCCGAAACAAUUCUUAACAAGGAGGAUUUUUCACAGUUCUUCUGUAAUUUAAAUUCCCUUAAAAAAAUGUCACUUGCCCCAGCCAUUGAGCAAGUUAAGAAAAGAAUUCUCUAGCCCGAUAGAAAAAAUCCACUAGCCCUAGCCCUAGGCUUUCUAUUGGACACAUUUUUGUUUGCAUGCUGAGUAUGAAGAGGUCAUUAAAAUACAUGCUGACAGAUUUUGAUCAGGGUGUUUGUAGUGUUUAGUAAUGUUUUGUUCUUUCCUGUUUUGUCAUUUAGUCAACUGAAUGGCCAUUUGAGAACUUUUGCCAAGAACUUUGCCAGGAUUUGUUUCAUCAGUCAUGGGAGGUCUGUUGAUUGAAUUUUUUUCUUUUUGCUUCUUGCUGUUAGGAAUCUUUUAAGCCAAAAAAAAGAAAAACAGAGCAGAACACAAAUAAAGAUAUAAAGAGAAUAAAAAAAAUGAGGGAAACCAAGGGAAAAAACGUUUUCUUAUAAGUAAACUGUCAAUAGUUUGUGGCAGUUUCAAAAUACAGUGUAGUUGUCCUUUUUAAUCCAUGAACAUUCAAACUUAGUCACUAGAGCAAACUACAAUAUUUAAUCGUACAAGUGACUUUUGGUAAUGAUUUACAGGAAACCUGCCGGCUUCUUGCUUGUUUUUACCUAGGUACGCCAUGGAGCAGCUACUGGCCUCAGAGAGAUAAUUAAGGUUCAUGGUCAAGGAGCAGGGAAGACCCUAGAUUCAUCUGUUGACGAGGUGUGUACCGUAAGCAAUGCAUGUAUAUUGCUGCAUGUUUGUACACCAGGUAAUCACCUUAAUCAGGGUUCGUUAGGGUCAUGGAAAGUCGUGAAAUUUAAGAAUUUCAUUUUACUUGCCUGGAAAGUCAUGGAAAGUUAACGCUAUGUUUGGUAGAUUAGUUACUGCAUAUGUCAAAGGAAGGACUAUAAGAUAGACGUAUUAAAGUAAUUAAACAGUGCAAAAUGGGUUGCAUUUUGAUGUUUACCAGGGUUAUGUUUGUAUUUGUUGAACUGAUUUAGGUAAAAAAAAAAAACUCCAAAACAAGGAAAGUUUUGAAAAAAUUUUAAGUGAUGUCCAGCAAAACCUAAGGUCAUGGAAAGCUUGAAAAGGUCAUAGAAAGUGGUGGUAAGGAAUUUGAAGAGCUCAGAAAAGUUGAAACCAUGUUGAUCACCAGAAUACACUUUAAAUUUAUGAUGACUUGGCAAAUACAAUUUAAUGAAAAUUAAACCAGGCUGUAUCAGAGGUUGCUUUCAUAAGGCUUGAUUUUGGUAUUAAGGUUGAGAGGUUACUCAUGAGAAGCAGUGGCAGGUGGAGGCUCGACUGUAUAUUGUUACAAAUUUAAUAAUUUAUUCAAGGAUUUAUUUUUCUUACCUUUAAGUUUGUGUUUAAUUGUCAAAAUUGAUAUGAUAAUAUUUUAACCCAUUUGCCCCUGGAAAUUUUGCGGAAAAACACGUUUUGAAUCUAGUCAAACGGUUUUCUGUUCACUGUUGUGUUUUAAAAUGCUAAAACUUACCUUAAAGCCAUUUACAGGACAUACACUUCGCUGCCUUCUGAUCCAGAUGCAAAAUAUUAGCUUGCAAAGUUCGGCAUGUGCAGAAAAAUUAUGCACAAUUUCGAGUUAGUUUUCAAGUUAGGUUAAAAGUGACAUAGUAGUCUUGACUUUUACGUUUCGUUUUUUCUCCUCCCCUCUUUUUUGCUUUUCUUUUGCUGGGCAUUUAGUAGGCUUCAUUUUGGUGGGAAAAGUUUUUAGGAAAGCUUUUAGGAUCUUAGGAUUAUAUGAAAGGAAAGGUAGGUGGGUAAUGGAACAAGAUUUUCAUGGAAAUUUUCAGGUCAAUGUUACAUGGUUUUUUCCCUUUUUCUCCCAUGUCCUUGACUGAAGUGUGCUCAUUCUGGUAUGGUAACUUUGAAACAUUUCUUCACUUUGCACAAGUUAGUGGACAAAGUUGUCCUUGACCAUUAAAACUGAUGAUGUCACAAGCAGUAGAAGGCACAUGGUUCUGCAUGGGCGGUUAUGGGCGGCUCAGGGGUGAGUAGGUUAAAGAACUUGCCAUUAUGUGAUCAGUAUUAUUUUUGUAACUGUAAUUGUUUUUUCUAGCUUCAGCUUCAGAACAGGAAAUGGCUCGAAAACAUGUCAUUGCUCCUCCUUUGUGUCAUGGCCCUUGAUCGAUUUGGAGACUUUGUGAGUGAUGAGGUAAGCAAUAUAUUUGAUAUUACAAACCUCAGUCUCUAAUAGUUUAGUUUAAUUGUUUAAACAGGAUGGUUUGUUAUGGGAAAAGAACUGAGCUCUUUAUUGAGUGGGAUAAGCUGGUUCUAUUUUACGUUACCUGCCUUGUAUAAUCUAUGCAACAAGGUUAUUUUGUUGGUGAGACAAUCCACACUCAAGGUAGUUUUUUGUUUUCACCUGCAAAAUAACACUCUCUGCUUUUAGAUUUGUCUGGAUAUCAUGUUCAACCACUGUUACAGUGCACAGUGUAAGAUUUUUGUCGGAUGUGGGCCAGUAUAUUUUAGUUGGACCAGCAUGCAGAGAAAGUUGUGUCUGAUAGCCCGGGACUAGUGGAUUUUGCUAUCGGGCUAGUGAUUUUUGUUCUUAACUUGCCCGAUGGGCAAGUGCUGUUUUGGGGGGAAAUUCAAAUUACGUAAGGUUUAUGUAUUGAAAAUAGUGCUUAUUUGGCCAAAUUUCAGCCUGAAUGUAAUCAGCAGUUUAUUUAAUAAUGUUUGUGGGCUUUAAUUUAAUGUAUUGUUUGCAGGUUGUUGCUCCUGUUCGUGAGACCUGUGCACAGACAAUAGGAGUGAUCUUAAAACACACUGAUGCAGAGAGUGUGAAGAGGGUGAUGAUGGUGCUGUUAACACUACAAGCCCAGGAGGAGUGGGAAGUGCGACAUGGAGGACUCAUGGGACUUAAGUAUCUUAUGGCUGUUCGUCAGGUGAGGACUGUUAAUGUUAUUGCAUUCAAUCAAAUUACCAGGAAAUAAAUAUUGUAAGUCGUCAUUAUUUAUAGUAUGGAAGAUUAUUAUAAGGUUGGUGGCUUAAAAAUCUUCUUUGAAGCAAACCACAUUGUGAGCAGACACCUUGUGCCAAGCAAACACCAGCCUCACUAAGUCCCAAUAUAUUUCCUUCAAAAUGAACCUAUAUGCCAAGCCAGGGCUCAACAUAACAGCCCGUCAACAGACAAUGUCUGGCCAGAAUAGUGACUUGACUGGCCAAAAACUUCGCUCACUGGACAUGUUGACUGGUCAGGCACACUCUCAUUCUUGAACAAACAGCUAAAUUCUCGCCUUUGAAUCUUAGAUUUUGUGUCUUUGUAAAGUACAAUCACGUUCACAAAUAGAUAAUUACACAAGGAUUAGUUAACUUUUUUCAACUCUUUUGACUGGUCAGAAACGAGACAUGACGGAGCCCAAAUUUCUUUGGCCUGUUAUCGUGUCUGGCCACCAUCUGAAAAUUAUUCUGAGCCCUGCAAGCAGACACUUUUAUUGGACACUUGUGAGGAUCCCUGGAGUAUUCACACAAUACAGGUUUUAAUCAAUGAAAGAUGAAACAUGAUCACUUAAUUGGAAUCCUAUACCACAGUAAAGAGAGUAGAGUAUACAUGCAAAUUGAAUGCAAAUUGUUUGACAAAAUCUUUACUUUUCUCUGUUUAACAGGAUUUGACUAAAGACUUGCUACCUCUGGUGUUGGACCCUAUCGUAACAGCUCUCAAAGAUGAUGAUGAUGAUGUUCGAGCAGUUGCUGCAUCAGCCCUGUUACCUGUUGCAGAAUCUUUAGUCAUGAUUGCUCCUAGCUAUGUAAGUUCAAAAUGCAACAAGUACAUUGUGUCGCCUCCUUUUGCUGUAUGCUGAAAGCAUUCAGCUUUCCUCUUAUCGUAAAUAUUAUAUAUUUUAUUUCUUUCUUUAUCUUUACUUUUCAUUAUCAUUUUCUUUUCUCAUUUUUUUGCUUUCACUUUGCUUUUAGCCUCACUAUGAUUAUGCAAUUAUCUAAUAUAAUUAUUAUUCUAAUAUUUACUGUAACUUUGCCAUUGACUUUCCAUGCAUUCUUCUGUUUAUACUUUAUUGUAAAUAAGUAAUUGAGGGAGCCGAUUCCUUAUAAGCCUGGUAGUUUCCCUUGGGCUUCCUCCCCAUUAGCUUUUAAUAUUAUUUUAGAUAAUAUUUCUUUUUUUGUUUAAAUUUAUUGUAAAACAAAAAAACUUGAACUUGAACUUAAGUACUAAAGCACCAUUUUGUUGUCUGGAGUGGCUAUUAAUAAAGCAGACAGAGCACUCAUUCUUUCUUCAUUCCUUUCACUAACAGCCAGUGUCUUGCAAUUUCCACAACUUGCAGGUCCAGGAAGUUCUUGUGACUUUGUGGGACACUCUGGUUGAACUUGAUGACUUAACAGCAUCAACUAACAGCAUCAUGAUGUUGCUAGCAGGAAUCCUGUCAUGUCCGUCUGUUUCUGUCCAAGGAACAGGAGCCACCAGCACCAUGUCUCUUACUGAACUGGUCCCAAGGUUGUGGCCUUUCUUCCGACACAACAUCAAGUCUGUUCGAUUGGCAGCACUAGACACUCUCAAGACUCUUUUGGUGGGAAAUCGUAAACAGAAUAAAGUAUGUGUGGUGUUCAUAUAGUAUGUACUUGUAGGAGAAAUCAUCAUUGUAUAAUAGUUUAUUACAUAUGUUAUAAAAUGAGAUAUUAUAAUGGUGAAUAUGUUGGAUUGUCUUAAAUGCAAAAGGCAAAAGUAGCCACUCAUUACUAAUCAUUUUUUUAAUUUUUGCUGUCUUUGGAUAAUUCAAAAUUUUUUGCUAAUCAGGAUGUGGACCAAACAUUAAAUUGGUUAAAGAAAAAAUGGUGACUAUAUAAAUUCCGUAAUAGAUAAAUUUAUUUCUUUCAGCUUGAUCCAGAGACAGUCCUAGAAUGUGAGUGGCUGAAACCAAUCCUGCAAGAUUCCUUAAGGCACAUUUAUCAAAGGUUUAUACUGGAGUCUGACAGUGAUGUUGUAGAGAUGGCUUAUCAGGUGGAGUGCAAUCUAUUGUGUUUAAAAUUAACACUAACUUAUAAUACAAUGUAAUAACAGGAUGCUCCUGACAUUAUAUUUUGAGUACAAAAGAAAAUUGAUGUUGAUAUUAAUGUUAAGUUUACAAUAACAUUUCCAAUUAAGGUGCUUCCCCAUGAAUGGGAUUUGCAGUUUUGUGACCCCCCUCUUCCAUGGAGUUCCUAAUAAGUUUCCCAAUAAGACUCCACCCCCUCUCUGAAUUUCAGUGCCCUCUGGGUGGGGGAAUAUGGAUAAUUAAUGAUAUUCUGGAGUGAGCUGAAUGGAGUAUGACUCAGCACAUGAUAACAUGUGAGUGAGGUUUCAGGUGUUUAGUUUUCCUUUUGGGCUCUCUCCCAAUCCCUAAAGUUUUCACCACCAUUCCAACAGAGUGCUGGAUUAUUUCGCUUUCCUAUCAUAGUCAGAACUUUAUUGGCAUGAUAAUUUAUGUCUCAUGGAAAUUAUAGAUAUGCAUGAAGCAACAGUGACUGUAUGUCAGAGUGCAUAUUCAGCUUAUGUUCAAUUUUGCCUUUUUUUUGGUAUUGUAACAUCAGGUAUGGACUGAGAUGCUAAAGAGAUCAUCCAAGACUCUUCUUGGACCUGUUACUAUUCCUUUCCUUAGCAGCUGGCUGGGAAUGAUGAUGAUGCCAGCUUGUGCUCCUAUUGAUCACACAGUGCUUGUUCAAGCCUUGCACAGAACUCAAAACAAGGUGAACAACAAAAAUUGUUUGCCACUGAAUUUCCAGUAAAGUCGACCGUCGACUCCCAAAAACUGGAACUCUUGUUGACUCGAACCAAAAUUAACUUUCCUAGGUUUUCCUUCAUGGCAUUUUUUACGUAAUUUUACCCAUGGUAACUUAAACCCUCCAUAACUCAAACCUCACCCUCACUCAAAGAAGUUUUUGUUUUCUCUCAGAUCAUCUCAUGAACCAUAUUUUAAGUGCAUGACAAGUCGAAACAUUUUGUCAGUCCUGUUCAAAUACAUUUUCCAUUCGUGUAUAUUAAUCAUGCUUUGUUGCUUGAAUCCUUUUCAAAAUAUCAAUAUAUAUCUCAUGCUGUCGGUGAAGUUUAGUGUAAUUGCUUGUCUUCUCCAUCCCAUUUGCUUAUUUGCUUAUUUUUGGUUAGUUACUUGGAACUCCCCGUGACUCAAACUUUUUUGAUUUUAUCUAGAGGGUUUGCUGUAUUUUCAUUGUCACUUAAAAUGUGUUUAUUCCACAUUUUUAACAUAUUUUUUUUGUGGCUGUUAGGGAGACCGUAAUGCAGAUAGAGCUCAUAUGAUAAGAGGUCGACCUUCACAAGGUCACUCUGAACCCCAAACAGAAGUCAUAGCUGGUGUUACCCUUGCUACUAGCAUGACAGUGCGAGAACCAGCAGUCUUGAGAGCAAGGCUUGCAGCUGCAAGGUAGGUGCUGUGAAUCCUCUUGCACCUUGGCUUAAUGUAAUUUAGGUGAGGUUAAACACAUGGCAAUGCUGGCCAAUGGUCUCCAUCACUAAUUGUAUAUGGAGCGGUCUUGGGCAUUUGCAGGGCUUUAUCAUUUUUACAGCACUUUUGCUGACGUCAAUCAUUUUAGUUACGUUGGCUUUUUGUGUGCAGCAGCUUUAGCACUUUUCGCUCCCAGCCCUCCCUUCCCUCUGGAUGUUUUUUGUUAAGUAUCUGUGCUUGUCUCCACUCAGUGUGACGGUGCCUGGUGAGUUCCGCUCACAGGGUUGUCAUGGUUACCUUUCAGGCUUGCUUGCACCAUCCCUUCAGUUUGACCAGGCACCUUUCCCACUUUCAUAUAUUGUCGAUGGGUUUAUUUUUAUUUCUAUUUUAUUUCACCACCUUGUCAUGUUACAAUAAUAACAAAGAAAAAAUUACAAAGAUUUACAAGUAUGAUCAUCCACUGAACAACUGGGCCAUUGAUGUCACAUUCCUAUUCUUUGAUGUUAUUCUUGUUAUUCUUCAAUUACCCAAUUAUUGGGGGGCUAUAAAAUUAUAAUAUAUGAAGCAUUCUUCUCCCAAGUAAUUGGCUAAUUCUUUUCCCCUAUACACAGAGCAUUUGGCUUGCUGGCAUCUCAUUUUGCAGAGUGUACUCCUGGAAAUCCAGAAGAACCACAUCCUCUCACAUUUCUGAUGCAAACUUUACAGUUCCCUCUUAAGUCUACAUCAGGUAUCCAAAGAAUGUGUGCCUCACUUAUCCUGUCAGACUGGGCAAGCUGUCAAAUGGUAUGCCGGCCUAGCUAUUCACACCUCUCAAAUAGACUUCUUUUAGGGACGGACCAUUAGAAAAGUUAUUGGGGGGGGGGGGGGGGGAAUUUUCGAGCCGCAGGAAUUUUUUUUCGUUAUCAAAUUCCUUGUAUGAAUUUUUUUUGGGCCCUUGCAUGAAUAUUUCUUAGGGUUAAUUGGCGUGCAAGAAUUUUUUUAAAUUAAAUUUUCCGUUGCGCGAAUUUUUUUCUUGUACUUCGCCCGCCCCCCACCCCCCAUAAGUUUUCUAAUGAUCCGUCCCCUAUAUAGUUUACAUAAACUGUUGUCUAUAAGCCCUGUGCAAAUACAUCUUCGUAAGGGGUUUUAGGAGGGCUUAUAUAAACAGAGGGGCUUUUAUCCAAGGUUGCUUAUUAUCAGAAUAGAAAAGUACUUUGAAACAAGCUAUAGCAGCGCUUAUCAAAAUACGUUUUUCAUUGACUGGUUUUAAGGAUCAAAAGGUCAUAAUAAUUGGAAUUAUGUUCAAUGCAUUUGGAAGAGCAGGGUGCAAACAAAGUCAGUUUGACAGCUUGCCAUUUGGACAAGCUGUAGCCAGCAUGUACUAGCCCACAAGUCAUUUCAAAUAGCCCCAAAACCCUUUUUGAUUAGCAGGAUUGAUUACAAUCCUUUUGUAAUUUGAAUUUCCCCAAAAAACAGCACUUGUUAGGAACAAAAAUCACUAGCCCGAUAGCAAAAUCCACUAGCCCCGCGCUAUUGGACACGACUUUCUUUGUACGCUGUAAUUUGAUGUAUUUAGGUGGAUGUAGAUGGGCCUAUAACUUGGAGGUGGGGGGGGGAAUUGUUGUAAGAGGGAGGGCUUAUAAGCAGCAGUUUACAGUAUCUGGGGUGAUGAGAUUUUCAUGCUUCAAUUUCAAAGACAAUAGGAAGUUUAAUAGAUUAUUUUUCAUUUUUUAUUGCUCACCAGAAAUGCCAAUGCCCCGAAGAGAAUAUUGGGCAGUUACACAGCAUUUUAUCUGAACAGGUCGUUUAUGAUGAGAUUGCCAUCCUCAACACAAGGUUACAAACUGAUUGUCAGGUACAUUUUUUUCUGUUACUAACUUUAAGUUUUACCACAUGACAAGUGACUGCAAUUGUUGAUGUCGUUAAUUCUUUCAUCCUUUUUCUGUAGGGCCUACUAAAUGCAUUACGAGAAAAAGGUAUUGAUGCCUCAGCAGGAAUCCAACCAGGGUGAGUCAAAUUGCUAAUUUUAUUCGGCAUAAGAUAGAGUUCAGUAUGUGACAUAAGACAAUAAUGUAAUUUGAGUGUAUUGUUUAAAAAAUGCCCCGUAUUCACACUGUGUUAAAAGUAUCCAUAAGUAUUUUGCUCAUCGACGAAUGUCUAACAUAGUCAAGAAUCAGUGAGUUGUGUAGGGCUUGACACUAAUUUUUACCUGAUUAUAAUAUAUGGAGAAUGAAUCCUGCUUGGAAAGCGAAAAAGAAAAGAUAAGCCAGGAUAUUCACAAGUUCUAGAAUUCUGUUGGGCUGGGUUGGAAAGAUUUUUCUUUGAAAAGGCUUUAGUCAGUUGUUUUGGAGAAACCAGUACCUAAACACUGAUUUUCGUUAUUGGCCCAGUCUUGGCUAUGAUGGGGCCUCUCUGAGCCUGCUUAGAACAUGAAAAAAAGUGUAAUACUGUAAGUUUGCCUUGUGUAUGACAGCCUCUGUUUUAGAACUCUGUUUUAGCUAAUGUAACUUGUGCAGGAUAUAGAGUCAAAACCCAAUACCCCAUCCCUGGAUAGGUUAAAUAAGGAAGUGCCCCUACCAUUAUCGAUUUCUUGUCUCAGUUCUCUAUUAGUUGGGUACCUCUCCUCCCCUUUCGUAGAUCAGUCUAGGUUUAUUAUUAUUUUUGAACCCCUAGGUGUUAUACCGUGGACAAUGCCAUUAAACUGGUGUCAGAUAUUUUUAUGGAGGUGUCUAAGAAACUGUCUCAACAGGAUAUUAAGGUUUGUCAAUCUCUUAUUUCCUUCAGCUGUUAACUAAACCUCUGGCCUCGUUGAGGCUUCUCGUUGUAGUUGAUAGAGCCCAGUGUUUGUGCUGACAGUUGAAAGUUUCAACUACAAACCAAAUCAUUUUAUGACAGGACAUUAAACAGCCUUGACUGAUAUUCCAUCAGGUCCCUGCAUUCGAAGGUUGUAACGAAGGUUUCGUCUUCGUUAGAGGUGUAGUACAUCGAGGUUCCACUUUAUCAGAUCCAUAUUGUACACAUAUGGGCCAUUUCCGAGUUGCCCCAGGCCUCUGCUUCAAGGCGAGGCUAAGUGCGAAUUUAUUGAUAGGAAAACGUAUUUUUAUUCCCAUGUAAUUAAAACUCAUUUUCACAACAAAGGAUUUCGCAUUCAGCCUCGUUUUGAAAGUUGAAUCUUUCGGAACUCACAAAUGGAUUGUUGAAAAUGCAGUAUGUCCAAAUCAGGCAGUACCUUUCCUCGGGAAUGUUUCACAGUGGUUGCAAACUGAAUUAACAAUAUUCAAAAUGCUGAAAAUAACGUCUUAGAAAUGUUAAAGAUAAACGUUUAUUUUUUCUAAUAAACAUCUCCAGGCAGCAGAAAUAAAGAGAAGACAUCUGAUGACGACAAUAGGACAGCUGCAAUCGGAGUAUCAAAAACUACAUAUCAGGUUAGAAUACAUCUCCCAGUCCCUAUACUGCCGAUAUUUCGUUUCAUUCUAAAUGAAGACGUCAAUAGUCUUUGUAGGCUCGAUUACCAACCGCUGUUCGGGAAAUAAGCCCGCACUCUUCCCCCGAACAGACUCUUCUGAGAGAGAACCAAGAGGCCGGUGGAAAUGGAGCCUAUAAUCCUUGCAAAUAAACAAUCCAGACCUUCUCAGUUGUGCUAUUUCCUCUUUUGGGUUCCAAUAAAGGGUUCAGUGGGUAGUGAUUUUGCUACUGCAUGGAUAGCACUUGUAGGGUUUGUGCUGCUUGAUUUUAUUGGUUAUGGCGCCGGAACCAAGACGGCAACGGCAGCGAAAACUUCACUUGAAUGGUCAAUUUCAGACUUCAUCGUUUUGGUUCUGUUUCGUUGACAUUGUCAAAUGUAGGUGAAUUAUUCUGCUGUUAAAUGCUCACGACCGUACUGAUGAAAUUAGGAAAGGUCACUUCGUAGUCGUGCAGUGAAGGCAAAGAAAUGCGCAAAAAGUGUGAUACAAGUGCAGAGUUCGUAUUUUUUUUUUUUGACGUUCUCAUUGUCGUUGCCGUCGUAGCUGCGUAAGUUCCUUGUUUACUAAAAGUACAUCAACGUGUUCUUGAUUGCAUUUCGCGUUAAUAUCAAUGAUAUUUUUGUUUAAUCUUCAUUUGUUUACAUAUGUGUGGAAUGUUGACUUGCUAUUUUUGUUUCUUUUAAUUUUCUCAGAGUUCAGGCCAGUGUCGCCAGCACCUUGAUCUUUCUAAACAAACUUCCCUUAAAGCUGAAUCCUGUUAUCCGACCUAUCAUGGAUUCUAUAAAGAAGGAAGAGCAGACUUUAAUGCAGGUCAGUUGGAGUGCAGUUAUACUACAACUUGCCUGCAGAACGGUUUUUGGGCGAACGAAGAACAUAGCGGGCGUAGAGCGCAAAACACGCGCGACGGGGGAAUGACGUUCUUCUCUUCCUUCCCGGCCCCGUCGCGUGUGUCUCACGCUUGCCUUCCCUCGCUUGUUUUAGUUAGUUUAAUUUACUUAGUUAUCUCAGAGCGAAGUUCGUAUUUCUCUCGGAUUUGCUAGCUUCUGUCAUGAUAGUUGGCCUCUUUUCUUAUUGUUUCCAGUCAAAAAUCUUUGGUCGUAGUCGCCGUCUAAAAGUUGUUCUGUUGGGUUUGCAGUCUGUGAGAUUUCUUUAGCAACUGCCUUGCAUUUCUUGUCAGCACUGGCAUGUAUGGCAAGUUUCUUUGCAGUAAACAACCUUUCUUUUCUCUUUCUUAUGGAAGACUCGAUCAGCCAAAGCGUUAGCGAAACUAUUAGAGCUGUGCAUGGAGCGAGAUCCUUGUCCAAACCCCAAGAUCAUCAAGAAUCUCUGCAGUUUUGUAUGCAGUGAUCCUGCUGUCACUCCAUCUGUGAAUCUUAGUGUCUCUGCGGCAACCGAGGAGGCUCCUGCAUCGCCAUCACCCAGAGGACAAACUGAAUCAAACUGUAAUUUAUUUUCUGGAGCAAUGACCACAGCCAUGGAACGGGGGAAUACUGUGCAGUGUGAUCAGUACAAUGGGAUUCUUUUGUUGGUCCAACAGCAGAAGGUACUCACAAUAAUACCCCCAAACAAUAGACAACACUACGAGGCAGGGGUUUUUUACCAUUUACAUUUUACAUUUUGGGAAUAAAUCCACAAAGGGAACCUCGAGCUAGCAUUAUCUAUUCGGUGUGGGUUGAAUUUGAACAUAUUUUUCCAAAGGUGAUCAUUCCUAAGUCUUUAAAAAUCGCCAUCGAAAAGCUUCUCUGUAGUUGAUCAAAUUAUUAGCUUUCAACCACAUCUCAUGUUCGUGAAAAUAAAACGGUUUGCGUUAGUGAAACUCUGAUACGUCGAUGCUCAUAGGCAAGCCGAUAAUCACGGACAAGCAAAUGUCAUUGCCUAUACACUUUGCCUUUCGACGUAGGGAAAUCAGUUUGAGUAUAAUAGGAAAAAGGCUCGUAAACAAAACUGGCGAACAAGAAAAACUGAGAUUAAAUCAUCGCAAACCGAGUGCAGCGUCAAUGUUACUUUUGUCAGGAAACUAGCGUUGGUUUUUUCUGGAAUAGGGAGUUUUCAAUUUCAACUUAAUGAGUACAAAAUUGUGUGAACCAACCGCUGACCUCACUUUAAGGCCUCGUCCACACGUAUCCGGAUAAUUUUGAAAACGGAGGUUUUAAUUAUUUCUCCGUUUUCGAAAAAUAGGCGUCCGCACGUACCGUAUAUUUGAAUCGUUUUCGCCCGUCCACACGAACACGCAAAAACGAUGGAAAUACGGUUGCGUGCUCCACGGGGUAUGCGCUGCAUGAUGUAUGGCAUCAUCUUAUUGGAAAAUCUCCGUUUUCCUCGGUUCACACGAGAAAGAUAGUCUGGUGGCGUUUUCAAAAAUCUCCACUAUGGGAAACGUUUGGAAAAGAUGCGUUUUCGGUUACCGUUUUGACCGGAUACGUGUGGAUGGUAGGACAAACCGGACGGAAAAAAAGAUCCCCUUUUUCAAAUCAAAACGGCUACUUGUGGACGGGGCUUAAGUGUAAAUGUUUGUCCAAGUGUAUGGUAAAAUGUUAGCAUUUUUUGCGGGUUCCAGAAUGCUAGUACGUCUGCGUCAAAAAGGGCGAACAGUCAUACAGGGCGCAACAGACAGCCGCCAGCUGGAGUGGAUGGUGUUUUGUUAUCCUCCACGGAAGAGAACGGUGUAGACGAUGCAGAGGUAAGUUUAUCACUUACUAUAGGUACAAUCAAUACUUUUUUAUUUAUUUAUUACAGAUUCACUUCACUAAAUCACAAACAGAUUAUAAAUUAAAUUAAAUUAAUCACUAAUUUAAAGAAAAGUUGUGGAGAAGGAGACUACCAAAAGCGCUAAUGCACACCUUACUAGGGAUGCCCCCACAUCAUUGCUCUCAAGUUCUACGAUUUUGUCUAGGAAAGCUAUGCACUUAAAGCCUAUAAAAUUUAAUAUCGCUAAGCCUCUACUCAGAGACCCAGUUAUGUUAACUCAAAAUGACAGUCCAGGACAGCUCAAACAGUCUGUGAGACAGAAAAGCUAACUUUGCCAGUGAGCCGUAAUCGGUCUUUAAACAGUGGGCCCUGGAGUGACUAGACUACGAGUAGUCCCCCAUUUUUCCUCACGGAUAGUUGAGCGAGCGAAACGCGAGCGUGCGUGAAAAUCACCCCACGCGAAAAAAGGCGACACGCGGCGGGGAGAGAGAAAAAUGAGCGCCGCGUGUCGCCUCUUCUCGCGUGGGGUGAUUUUCACGCCCGCUCGCCUUUCGCUCGCUCUACUAUCCCUGAGGAAAAAUGGGGGACUACUCGUAGUCUAUGGAGUGACGUGAAAUGGGUCAUGUUGAUAGUAAAAUGCCGUAAUUCAGUUACUAGACUCUGGUUUGCUGUCAUUUCAGACAAGUAGGAUGUUAAGUAUCCAAAGACAAGGAGCAGAGUUUGCUCUAGUGGAGUUAGCUAAUCAUUUUGGACGCUUACUGCCAGUCAAGUUACCAAAACUAUGGGAUGCAAUUGUUGGUCCAUUGCAGGACAUAAAGAAAGGAGACCCGUUUGGUAAGAAGGAUGUGAGAUUUUCUUUAACAACUUCGUUAGGCUUUAGUGAAGCGUGGCUGCCAUUAGCUGCCAUAUUACGAUCUCUACGGUACGGUUUCUAUAAGCCUGGUGGUUUCUUGAGGUCUCCUCGCCUAACAACCUGCUGUAUCUUGUAUCCUGUCACUGCAAUUACUAAAAAAGUGGCUAGUAUUAUUCAUCACUGUCUUUUUCUAUUUUUCACUCCCCUGGUUGUGUGAAUAAGUUAACGAUGUUUUUGUUGAAUUAUCAGGGAAAUGUGCGUAAUUUUGUCACAGACGUCCAUUCGCCUAGGAACAACAUCUCCCAACAUUUGUGUCUUCUUUUUUUCCUUUUACCAAGAUGCGGAGAAAAUUGUUGGUUUCGAUACUGAAGCUCAGAAUUUGGUGCACUGUUUACAAGUUCUUGAAGUUCUUGUAUCUACUCUACACACGGAACUACUUAAAAAGGUAACUUAUAUCGCCUAUUUUGGGUUAUUUACAUUAAUACAUGUAUCUCUAAGCAUCGUAAACCUGGUUUAAACGCAAAAAGUCGCUAGGAUAGAUGAAACGAGAUACAAAAACUGAAAAACAAAACAACAAAAAACAUUCAGCGAUCUCAGUGGUUAUAUAGAGACCGUCAGCGAUCGUGAACAUAUGGCGGUAAUCAGUCUACCUGCUAAUCCUGCGCCCGCCAUGUUUAAUUUUCAUGAAAGACACGUAAUGCGUUCUUGAUUAAGUCCGACCACACUUUUUAUUUUCAUGUGAGAUUCUUUCGGAUACGUUUGUCCGGAAAUUACAUCCGACUACAAUAAAGGGUUCUUAGGACAUGGGCCAAUGUUAGUUAGAUAUUGACGAAUCAACGACCGUUACUUGAAUCUCUCAUAUAGACCUCAGCCCCAGUUGUUCAAAGGCUGAAUAGCGCUAUCCACCGGAUAACUGAAUCACUAUCCAGCGGAGAAGUAUUAGGGAAACCAAUUGUGUUAUCCACUGGAUAGUGCGAUUUAUCCAUGCAGUGGAUAGCGUCAGUUAUCCACCAUUUGAACAACUGGACAACUAUUGUAACGCUGUUUCGUUAUAUUUGAUAUUAUCGUUCAGGGCCCAGUUGCUUGAAGCAUGGUUAGCGUUAACCAGCGUUUAAUAUCUUGACAACGUAUUGGUUUUGAUACUACUUAACCAAUGGUUAAAGCUAACCAUGCUUUGAGCAACUCAGCCCAGAUCGCUACCACGCUAUUAUUACGUGGAAGCGUAGGCCUUAUGCUCUUUCUUUGAUAUUUUGGCUUCUUUGAUAGUUUAUAAAACAUGUGUCUCUUUUCGUUCACAGGUUAUAGAGCUCCUUCCUAAUCUUGUGCUGUGUAUACAGCAUCCUUACUGUGCUGUGAGACACUUGGCAGCAAGGUGUUUAGGAAUCCUUAGUGUUGUGUCCACGCAAGAGACCAUGACAACUGUAGUAGAAGAUGUUCUUCCUCUCAUGGGCACGGCGGAUAUCGUCAGAAAUCGACAGGGAGCUAUAGAAACCAUCUGCUGUAUCUUUUUUGUGUCAUUCCAUUUAUAUUUAAAAUACUUGGUUGGUCAGAUAUAUUAAAUUGAACUGCAAUCGUAUGCUUUGGCCAAUGGGCAGCCAAGACUAUCAAUGAAUUUUAAAAUAGGUUGGCAAGGAAGUAACUAGCUGGAUUAAGGAAGAAAUCUCCCUCAUCAUUGCACCAUCAGGUUUAUUUUACUCCAAAAAACAAAACAAAACAAACAGUCAAAAACUUAAAGGUUAAAAAAGUGGACUGCAAUGUAUAAAGUUAAAGUUAAACUGGUCUUCUAUGUGUAAAGUUAAAGUCAGUUUUGGGCUAAAACAGCGUGCAAAGAAAGUCAUGUCCGAUAGCCCGGCGCCUGUGGAUUUUGCUAUCGGGCUGGUAAAUUCAGUUUUCAACUUGCCCAACAGGCAAGUGAAUUUUUUUCUUGGGCAUUCAAAUUAUAGAGGGACUGUAAUCAAUUCUGCUCAUAAAAGUUUUCUUUCGAGCCAGUUAACCCUUCAGGUCCCAAGAGUGAGCAACAUCAAUUUUCUCCUAACAACAUCAGCAGAUCAUCAAGAGUAAAGGUGAUGAGAAUUACUAAAUUGAUUACCAAAGAGAUAACGCUUUGAUCUUAAUCCAAAUUCUCUCAACUAUUCUUAAAAGAAAUGUAAAGAGAUCUGUAUGGAGAAUUUGUAUGCAAAUCUUGAGGCUAAAUGACCUUUGGGCUAGAACAUGCUAGCUACUUGAUCGCGCUUCCCCUUUCCCUCCCUUUUUAUCUGUUCUUUGCUUUUGUCCUUGACUUGCAGCUUGACUGUAGGUGUUAUUGAGAAGCUCGGUAUGGGUGUGGUCCCGUACGUUGUACUGCUUGUGGUACCAGUGCUAGGAAGGAUGAGCGAUCAGUGUGAGGAUGUGCGGCUUAUGGCUACUUACUCCUUUGCUACUCUUAUUCGCCUGAUGCCUCUCGAGGUAAUGAUCUAUGUUACACCUUUUUCACCUCAAGAUUUUCCCUGCUGUUCGUAUUUACAGCUUGACUAGAGCUUUGGUUGUACUGGCGUAAGGGCAAAUCAAUUAAAACAAUAAGGCGUCUUUUAUUAUAUGGCUGAAUCCACGAGCCGGCGUUCUGAUUGGCUUCCCCAGCGGACAAGAUUUGAUUUCCCGCGUUGGUCCUUCAAGGCCGCGUAGAAAAAAUUCUCUUUUUUGCCAUAUAGUAAUAAAUCCUUUAUUGACCAAUCUUUUUCGACUUCGUCUCCGUCAAUAAAAACGCAAAAAAAGAACUUGGCCAACAUCCAGCCAUCUUGACCUCACAUUUGGUCAAUAACGCAUGUAUAUUGUUUCUUUUUCUUUUAGCAAAUCUACAAUCUUAGUUCUCGUAAUCUGUGUACAAGUUUUGUAUUGCCUGUUUUGAGGUUGACCCUACUGAGGCUGCAUAGAUGUUGUGUUGAAUUGCAUUAUGGGAUUCACUGUUUUAGUGACGGUAUCCCGAGGUUGCGCGGGAAACUGGUCAACAUUCGACCUCCAAACCAGUCCCGCAGUGCUGUUUGACAAAACACCAACCCAGGCUCAAGGAUAACCUCAGGGUGAUUGUCAGAUUGUCUUAACUGAAACGCGGCUUGCUCGCAGGCAUAAUUUUUGGAUCCGCGCGGAACUCAAGUCACAAAUCGCGAUGUCAGAGACUGUGUUCUGCGAGUUUUAGCUCAGUACUAAUUAGACUUAAAAAGUAGACGUUUUGUUUUGGUUUUAGUCUGGUGUCCCUGACUCACCUGGUAUGUCCAAGGCUAUGGUGGAACAAAAGCAAAAAGAGCGCAAAUUUCUGGAGCAGCUACUGGAUGGGACAAAAGUGGAAAACUACACCAUUCCUGUUCCUAUUAAGGCAGAACUUAGAAAGUAUCAACAGGUAAGAAAGCGUUUCUCCAGUAUCCUAAUGUACAUAGGAAAAAAAAUAAAAUCUUCCCAAUGGAUGGAAAAUCGAAGGACAAUCAACGCAGGUGAGAGCUACAAUCAUGGACUAAAGUCUUGUGAGACUUGCAUUUAUGGAGCUUUUUUUCAGUUGGACGCGUGUGUCGAGAUUUUUUUUUCCGAGUUUCAACAUUGUGUAGGGUGGGGGGAUGGGAAACUUCAAGAAAAUGUCGAAAAAGAUGCACUAUUUCGUGAGGGAACCGAGAAAUAACAGAAAAUUAUGAGUGCCACAGCACUGUCUUAAGAACUUUUGUCCAGGAUUUUAGCUGAGGAAUGGUCUUUUUUUGCGUAUUAUUUCGCGACUAGACUUUAAAAUUCAACUCGGUCUUACUCUUUGUUAAGCUACUAUCUUUUCCUCAAGUAAAAUUUUCUAUCGAGUUUGGACCGUUGCUAGUUCAGUUAGUUUAAUUAAACGAAUGGAAAGCGGUGGGAGAACUUUAAAUCGUAAUUAAGGGUUCUAAGCCACUGUUUUUUUUGCCUCUCAUUUGAAAAUGAUAAAUUGGUAUUGCGCUGUAAAAACUUUCAGUUUAGUUGUACGACCAGUACAAAGACCUGUAGCAAAGCAACGUUAUCUCGACUUGCUGUCUACUUAAUAUACUUGCAUUUUUCUCUGCAGGAUGGUGUGAACUGGUUAGCCUUUCUCAACAGAUACAAGCUGCAUGGUAUUCUUUGUGAUGGUAUCCUUUGUAAAAAAUGUCAUUUCCUUCACUGAGGCUUUUGUUUGGAAAAUCUGGCCUUCUACAAACAAAUUUUAAAGCACACAAAAAAGUGGGAUUAUUAUACUUCUCUAACACAAUGGAAAGACGCUUAGUUCACGCUUCCUUUGAGUUGCAUUACGCAACAUUAUACUUGAUCAAAGCAUAUAUGAAAACCUCGUUCCGCUGUCAUCUCAUGUUUCUACAACUUUUCUGGUAUUCGCUUAAUCCGGGAACGAAAACUGACGCCGUCCUCGAAUUUCCAUAAAUAAUUUCACAUUGUCAUCUAGAGCCGACAAUCAAUAGGUAAGUUAGACGUGUAGUGGUUGUUUGCUUAUCUUGACUCUGUGUAUAGAUAUGGGACUCGGAAAAACUCUCCAGUCAAUUUGCAUUAUAGCAGGCGACCACUAUACAAAAGCAACCGUAUUCAAGGUAAUAUAUCCUGUAUAAAGUUGCACUGUAGUCAUAAAACCCAUGCAAAUCGUAAACCUUGCGAUUCAAGCCAAUUUUCGAAGGAUGUGUAUCUUAGAUAAAGGUGCUUAGAUCUCCCCAUCAGUUUGCACCAACAGGCUUAUUUUUGGAAAGGGUUUUUUUUCAUCUUGUUCUUUCUAAAUGUGCCAACCUAUCCCAUAAUUUCACAAAUUUGAAUUUUUGUGACGUAAUACCUCUUCUCUAUAACCACGCUACUUUAGCUGUAAUUAAUGACAUGCUGAACAUGAAAGCGUGGUUCUAGCGUGGUUGUAGUUUUCUGUUACAUUACUGUGUUUCAUGUUACAGGAAACUGGCAACAGCGAUUGCAAACCUCUGCCUUCUUUAGUGAUCUGCCCUCCAACAUUGACAGGUCACUGGGUUUAUGAAGUGGAGAAGUUUGUCAGUAAGGAAUACCUCAAACCGCUUCAUUACACUGGCCCACCAUCAGAACGACAGAGGUUAGUGUCGGGUGUUUGUCUCCUGAAAUACUUCAGAACACCGCGAAGCGUACUAUAUGCCGUCCAAUUUUCCUCGCGUUGUUAUUAUUUUCUUUUAUAAUCCUGAUUUUGAAGAAUUGUUAUCUCCAAAAUAUGUCAUUUUGAAAAUUACUCCAAGUUGUACAGAAAUUCCCAGCUAUCUCCAAAAUAAUUUUCUCUCCCAAGAUGGUGUCUUGCCUCUCUUUUUGGAGUUAGAAUCAUACGGAGAGCAUGUGGAAAUAGCAGGUGUUGAGCGUCUUCAACGUUCUUUUACGGCUAAGCGUGUCAAACUUACGGUUAUCUUCUUAUCGUAUAACAUGACUAGACCACGCAAAACGUUUCUCAUGUAUUGCUCAAAAUCAUAUUGGAUAUUUUUUCUACACCUUCAUUGUUUUUAAUCAGAUUUAGGUCCUGUUUAUAGGAGGUGAUGAGGUGAGCCACCCGGUUAGCCGAGCUAGCCCUCUUUACCGGGCUGGCUCGGCUCAUUUCUCGUUUCAUCUUUAAGUUUACUGUAUGUUUAUAUGAGGAGGCGGGUUUUCCCGCUUGCCGAGAUCUCGGCUCGAGCAACCGGGAUCUUGGUAAGCCAGGCCAGCCCGGUAAAGCGGGCUAGCUUUGGCUAACCUGGCUCGCUCACCUCAUAUAAACAUGGCCUUAGACGUUCUCAAGCGUUUGAAUAUUUGAAAAUUGGGGUGCCCAGUUUAAAAUAGCCGAUCUUUCUGCAAAAUAAACCUUUAACAUGACCAUUGUUAUUUGUUUUCACUCUCUGUGUAGGCUUCGUAACAAGGUUAAGAAUCACAGUUUGGUGGUUGCUUCUUAUGAUAUUGUCAGAAACGAUGGUGAUUUUUUCAGGUUAGUAAAGUAAAAACAAAAACUGAACCGCUUUACGCUAGGUUGAUCCCCAGAUUCGGUUUUAAACGCGGAAGAUCAUGGAGCGUGAGUCAGGAAGUGGGCUCUGUACAUUUACGUUGAUUUUUGCUCAAACUUUCGGGUAAAUCAUGUCUCUGUAUAAGUAAAAACACUUCGUAAUACAAAUUUGGCAGCGUAAGGGAAAUCUACUAACUUUAAAAAGAAACUAAAACUUCACUUUUUGAGCCUGAAUUGAACUAGCGCAGGAUUCUCAUAGUUUAUUGUUAGUUUAUUUGUCACUAGUUAUGGACUGUUAUAGGACUGUUAUAGGACUGUUAUAGGACUGCAUGCAUGUAAACUUAUUUAAUUUCAGUUUUGUAUCUUGUUUUAGUUUUGUAAUUUAGCCUACAGUCUUCAUUUCUAUAUAAAAUAAUUUCUGUCAUUCUGACCACAGGUCGUAUAAGCCCCCGGCUUUGGCUUUACUGAGUUUGUACUAUAUGAGCGAUGGAAUAAUAAAGUUAAGUUAAUCACCUCACUCCCGGUUCACAUGUGCCGCUCAAAAACGCCAUUUCUUAAGCUGCUUAAUGUAAUGUGCGUCACUUCCGUCUUUGUAGAUCACUACACUGGAAUUACUGUGUGCUUGACGAGGGACAUAUCAUUAAGAACGGGAAAACGAAGGUAUUUGGUCCUUUAAAAUUUCAGUAAAAGGCAUCUAGAAUACAGAAAUUUCAUGAUUGAAUAAUUCCUUUUUUUAGUUGGCAAAAGUUAUCAAGCAACUGAGAGCAAGCCAUCGACUUAUUCUUUCAGGAACGCCUAUCCAGGUACGGGAUUUUUGUUUUUGUUUUGUUUUUUUUUUUUCAUUUUUAAACAGGGGCACCCAGACUUUUUUUCUGUAAUAUAACUGUUCGAAGGAGCAAAUAUUGCCUAGAAAUUUCUGAAGCCCAAGAAAGGCUAAAACUUUCUGGAUAACCGCUCCAUUCGCCUAAGAUAGUCGGAGUUCUGCUACUUUGUUACCUUCGAUUUUCGAAGGUUGUGUUCUUCUCAUUUUAUUACCAAGAUAUUGGGAAUAUUGCUAAAAAAAAACGGUCUCCUGAAAAUUUCAGUGUAAAAACAAACACCGCUAGAAUUUUGUAAUGACAGUACGGCUACUCGAUUUCCUCGAACUUUCAAUCGAUCCCAUCAGGAUACAGGAUAGCUACCAGUUUUGGAUGAGACGAAAAAGUCACCUAAAACUUUCGAAACGGUUACAGUUCCCCUAAGACAUCCGAACCGAUGAAUAGUUUUUAGGGCAGUUACAAAUUAACCAAACAGGCCUCUAGAGCACACAGAAAACCAUUUUGAAAAUAUGCCCGCCGCCAUCGUUCAAACCGCGCAAGAAAUGACACGCACUUCGCAAAAUCAAAGAGAAGAUAUUUUCUAUUUGCCCCACCCCCUACCCCUGGGAAAGAACCGCUUCAAACCAUUUCCCAACCCCGGGCCCGAAGAGCAGAACUUGUCCCGGGGGUUGCCCGGGGAGAGAGGGGUGGUAACAGGUCAAAUUGAACCACGCAUUACUACCUCUGAAGUUGUAGCUAUGUACCUCAGGUACAGCCGCAUUAUAAACUUAACAUCAUGAUAUUCAUUUGUAUUUUCCACUUAUCACUCAGCGUUGGCCAACAUAGCUCUUUUAGAGCACGAUCUUACUGAAUAGUCCGCUUUUGUAAUAAUGCUUGCUGCUCUGUUUUGGAGUUUCUGCAAUUGAUCUGCACGCAUUCUUGAGCAAUUACCCCAUACAAGGCUGCAAUGGUCGAAGUACGGUUCUACUAAUGGUCGAUAAAAAGCGAUUAAUGUUCUUGAGUCCUUAGUGAGAGACCUAAUUUUAAAAAGCAUUCGAAAGCCGUUUUGGACGUUAUGACAAAGGAUAUCUGAUUAUCCCAAGACAAAGUUUCAUCAGUGUAAUUUUCCAGCAAUUUCGUGUCAUUUCUUAAGCUUCAAUGAUGUUUUGUCUAGAUCCAACUGCCAUAUAACAUGUUUAAGAAGUGUUGCAGCUAAGCCUAUUGGUUUUUAGUAUAUACACACUCAGUGAUCUUGGUGAUUUAAGCAAUCUGAUUGGUUCGCUAUCUCGGACUAUUUAACAAUUAUUCUUUGAAAUCGAGGUGAAUAGUGGCAAAAUAUUUACCGAGCCGCGAAAGCGGCGAGGUAAAUAUUCCCAAAGCCACUAUUCACCGAGAUUGAGAAGAAUAAUUGUUUUAGUAUAUACACACGAAGUGAUCUCAACAAAAUCAGAAAGGAAACCAUUCAAAAGUAGGAUUUGAUUGACAGAUCAAAUCACGCGUAAGUUUAAAAAUAGAUCUUUGCAGAAUUUUCAAACAUGGCAAUUCACAAGUUUACUCAUUUCGCAAACAACAGCGCAAUGGCUUCAAUGGAAUCGCUAAAAGUUUGAACUGUUUCCUUACCUGAGAAAAAAAGUAGAGCUGUGUUGUUUUCUGUUGACUCGCCAAGUUUAUAGCCAAAAGGACAUGUUGUGUCGUUCUUCGCAUGAAGUGCUGACAAAAAUGGCGGCUCGGUUGCUCGAGGUAAGAGGUCGUCUUCCUGUAUCAUUCUUUUUCCUGUUUACUUGAAAUGUAGAAUUUCUGCAAACAUUUCCUUUUAAAUUUGUUUGUCAUAAAUAAACUUCGAUUUUUGAGCCAAAAUUUUCUUCUUAGAAAACGCUGAGUUCACGAAACUGCUUCUUCUACGCGAAUACACGGGAGUUGUAAACAAUCCAUCGAGCACAAAACUCCUGCUACAGUAAAUUGAAAAACGCCGUAUUGAAUCCUUCCAAGUCUUUUCUUGCCUUAAAAAAAAGUCAGCCCUAGGAUUUUGUCGACUUUUAAAAGAUCGUUCUCUAAAAAAAACGGGAAAAACACCGAGCUCACACAUUAUCCACUCGCUAGGAGGUGAAUAUUGUUGAAUAGUCCGAGAUAGCGAACCAAUCAGAUUGCUUAAAUCACCAAGAUCACUGAGUGUGUAUAUACUAAUCAACAAUAUUCACCUCCUAGCGAGUGGAUAAUGUGUGAGCUCGGUGUUUUUCCCGUUUUUUUUAGAGAACGAUCUUUUAAAAGUCGACAAAAUCCUAGGGCUGACUUUUUUUAAGGCAAGAAAAGACUUGGAAGGAUUCAAUACGGCGUUUUUCAAUUUACUGUAGCAGGAGUUUUGUGCUCGAUGGAUUGUUUACAACUCCCGUGUAUUCGCGUAGAAGAAGCAGUUUCGUGAACUCAGCGUUUUCUAAGAAGAAAAUUUUGGCUCAAAAAUCGAAGUUUAUUUAUGACAAACAAAUUUAAAAGGAAAUGUUUGCAGAAAUUCUACAUUUCAAGUAAACAGGAAAAAGAAUGAUACAGGAAGACGACCUCUUACCUCGAGCAACCGAGCCGCCAUUUUUGUCAGCACUUCAUGCGAAGAACGACACAACAUGUCCUUUUGGCUAUAAACUUGGCGAGUCAACAGAAAACAACACAGCUCUACUUUUUUUCUCAGGUAAGGAAACAGUUCAAACUUUUAGCGAUUCCAUUGAAGCCAUUGCGCUGUUGUUUGCGAAAUGAGUAAACUUGUGAAUUGCCAUGUUUGAAAAUUCUGCAAAGAUCUAUUUUUAAACUUACGCGUGAUUUGAUCUGUCAAUCAAAUCCUACUUUUGAAUGGUUUCCUUUCUGAUUUUGUUGAGAUCACUUCGUGUGUAUAUACUAAAACAAUUAUUCUUCUCAAUCUCGGUGAAUAGUGGCUUUGGGAAUAUUUACCUCGCCGCUUUCGCGGCUCGGUAAAUAUUUUGCCACUAUUCACCUCGAUUUCAAAGAAUAAUUGUUAAUUAGCCAUUUCUCAAUUGCUUCUAAGUCGCUCUUUAGUUUAGGUUCAAUAUCGCUGGUACUCCAACCAGGUAUUGUUAUAUAGGCAUUAUCUCCAAACAUUCUCGGGGUAUAAUGCUGCCGGCCUUGGGAAAGUCGUUGACAUAAAUUGAGAACAGUAAAAGACCUAAAAUCGAUCCUUGAGGAAUACCAUAAGUUAUAUAUUUCUCAUCAGACAAGACAUUAACCUCAGUAGAAACGAAUUUCCUCUGUUUGUUUCCAGAACAAUGUGCUAGAGCUGUGGUCCCUAUUUGAUUUCUUGAUGCCUGGCUUCUUAGGGACUGAAAAACAGUUUCAAGCUCGAUUUGGUAAACCCAUCCUACAGAGCAGAGACGCGAAAUCCUCAUCUAAAGAACAAGAGGCUGGUACGUAUCGUCAAAUGUGUUAAGGGGAAUUGAAGCAACGACGACGGUGGGGAAAACCUGCCUUAAAAGCUGCGGGUCAAAAAUACAGCUGGCUAAGUAAUUUAUCCGGAUGGAGCGGUGACCUCUACUCUUGACCUGUAGAAUGUGACCUGCACUUUAGACCCUGCACUUUUCGGCUUAAAAAGUGAAUUCACUUUGUUUCAAAAUUGAUCGCUCUUAUUCCAUGUCACUCCAUUUAUGAAAUGUUGGUGAAUUUUUGUCGAGUUUACUUCUAAAAGACUGUAUCUAAGUUUUUGCUUUUUUUUAAAGAAAAGAAUAAGAAAUCGUUGUCUUGUGUUCUUGUCCUCCACAAAACGUGAAAUUAGGCAGUUUCACGUCGUGGUCCUGCAACGACGGCAAAGAAAUGUACAAAAAAGCGUGUAGUUGUUGUUUUCCAAAUUAAAACCUUUUGUUUUUUUUUUGCCAUUCUUGUUGCCGUCGUCAUCGUCGUCGUUGCAGAGACUCAAUAAUAGGGACCUUAAGCAAAGACGUUUUUGAGCGACGCACGUCAACCGGAAGUGAGGCCUUCUCCCUUUUUAUAUGCCUUGACGCUAACAAACUUGUAUUGCUUAGUUUCUUUUCUCUUUUAAAGACGAUUUACCCGAGAGUUUCAACCAAACCACUCCCCAAUGAUGCAAAAAGUCCACUUCCGGUGGACGUCCGUCGCUCAAAAACGUUGUUGCUUAAGCUCCCUUUGUUCCUUGCGCUAGACGUGGAGUAUUUUGCAAAAUAUUGACGAGAUAAAUUUUAAACAACAAAAGGUAGCUUCAUGUAUCAUUAAUUUGUAAUUGCGUAAAUUGUGAUUACAACUGCGAUGGUCAUAUCUUGAUUUAGAUUUAGUGUAUUCCCGCAGUUCACAUCAGCCAUAAAUAAGUAGCAGCUUGUUUAAGAGAUUACUAUAUUUGAUAUUUUGGUGGGUAAUGUGAAUAUGGUGAAUAUGCCAGGCACGUUAAAAUUAAGAACUAAUGUAACUAAAUAGAACACAGCGCAUUUUAUUAACAGAACCUAUAUGAACGCAGGGCUGUCGUUAAUUUUUAGAGCAGUCGUAGCAAAUGAAGAUUCACCCGUAACAUCUGCCCAAAAGUUUAUAGUGUCACCUUUAGCCUCCCACUUUGAUCACCCGUAAAAUCAAGUGAGCUCAGCUGUAACAGGUGUUACGGGUUACGGCCCUUAAUGACAGCCCUUUGAACGAAAAUCUUUUCUCUUUUCACUACGGAGACAUCGCUUUUCCUUUUUUUUUUCAGUUUCCUUUCCUUUAUUUUCUUUCUUUUCUUUUCAUUUUUCAACAAACAGAGUUUCUCUUAAGCAGCCUUUGAAAAUAAACGGUAGCAACCAGGAACGGUAAAAUUAAAGACAAAUGUAAAUAAAUAUAGCCCAAUGCAUUUAUUUACACAAGCUAUGUGAACCAAAAUCAUUCCUUUUUUUCUCUGUGCGACGUUGCUUUUCUUUUCUUUUCUUUUUUUUCAUUUUCCUUCCUUCCUUUCUUUUUUUUUUUAAUUUUUCAAGAUUUAGAGUUUCUCUUAAGCAUCCUUUACUGCAACAAAUCGUUAACCCAGAUGAUUAGUAGCGCCGUUUUCAGUGUUUAAAGGUUACUGUUUAUUAUUAUUUACACAGGAUAAUGGAAGAAUAUCACCAUUAACCACUAACUGCUGUGCUCAAUGUAUAAAUAUAGAUUGUGUUUUGUAUUAGUUAAGUUGUUUCUAAGAAUUACCAUUUAGGAACCAAAAGAGAACAGGAAAACUAAGCACUGAGCAGAGGGAAGAACUGCGAGAACAUCUUGUUUUUUUUCGUCCUAUUUAAUAUGGCGCCCUCCGCUCCGGUUCGCUUUACGGCUAAUUCGUGAGGACGACUUGUGGCAAGUCUAAGCAGAAGACAGUGAAAUAAAGACACGAAUCCGUUUAAACGUAUUAUAAAAGUGGAGUUUAUCUAGUGGUUUGCCAAAAUUUUAAAACCGAGUUCUAAUAAACUUUGUUUAUACUGAGUGAAUGGCGUCGAUAAGGGUUAUAGCGCAGACCAAAAAAAUAUAACCCACUUAUUAACAGAUCUUGACAAUCUUAAGCUCCGGUCUGAGUUAUACUUUGUUUAGCAACCGGUCAAAAUCCUCCUUGAAGAUUGUGUGAUGCAUCUUUUGUUGAUGUUUGCUGUGACUCUGUUUGAAAUGUUGUAGUCUUCUGUUUCGGUCGUUGUUUUUUGACAACACAACGUUUCAAUUAAUGCUCUGCGCAUUUUACUGAUUCUCCAGUAAUAUAAGAGGGGGUUGAGAGAGGAGUUCAGCAAGACUAUUGUACCUGUAAUUGUCUCAGCUGUGAACGAAAAUCUCCAGUCACUUGUGAAUAAAGCCAGUGAUACGAAACAUUGCGGUAUAUAACAACACAACAGUAGAAUGUAUACUAGGAAUGUGUUUAUAGCAGUUUUCUUGAAUAUCUUCAUGCAGAAAUUAUUACCGCUAUUAUUCGGUUGUAGUAAUUGCUGCUGAAUUUGUCUUUGGUGACGGCGCACAACUAGGUAGAUUCUCAAAUAAAUAAAGAAAUUCCCAACAAGAAAUGCCACUAUAACAGGAGAAACAGCUUUGUAAUACGCAACCAAACUCCAUGCUCCAACGCUCGAAAGAGCACCACUAUACGCCCAAAUGAAAAUGAUCACACAGCGAACACGAAAAUGUGUCACAACAGUUCUGUAUCUUAAAUGUAGCUGAAGAGCUAACAGGCGAUCCAUUCCAAUUGCUGUGACAGUUAAAAAUGAGACGCUGCUUAGAAAUGUAGUCAGGACGUUGAAAGAUACCCAAAGAAGGCGAGGUGGGAUCGAAAAAUAUCGUAUCCGCAUCAGCAGAUUUGCUAUAAAUAAAGGAUGGGAGAUCAAGCCAACAGCAAAAUCAGAGACCGCGAGACUGGUCAGUAAUAUAUUUGCAGCACAAUGCAAUGAGGACUUUUUCCAAAUCGUCAAGAUUAUUGCAGAGUUUCCAAACAGAGCUGUAAAGCAGAGCAAAAAAUUCACAACGCAAAUCGCGAUCGUACAGCGAAGCCGUACUUCGUAAUGUUCUUUGGUAUGAUGAAAUUCUUUCGCGAUGCGAAUGUUUCGUAACGUUGAAUUUAAAGCGUUGUAAAAGUAAGUUGUGUUGCUCUCCAUUCCUUUUCGUCCUUGCUGGCAAGUUUGCGAAUCAUAUCAGCUAGUAAGAAGGCGAUUAGAGAAAAGCAACGAACACUGUUUGUUGUUCAGUCCUGUUCAGUCGACACACCUGCCAGUUUUGGCUUAGUUGGAUUGGCUAGUACACAUGCAACUCAGUGUCCUUGUUUGAUUGUUUGCAUUGCUUUUGUGGGGCAAGUGGAGGUGAAAUAUGCCGAUUAUUAAGUUUAUAUUAACUGUGAUGUGAAUGAUAUGAGCAUUCAUAGGUGUGCCUUCCUAGAGGUCUUUCUCUUUUCAACAAAAUGUUUUCUUGCGAGUGAUAAUUGUGAUCCUCGAAGUUUGGUUAUCAUUCCACAUGACGGGAAAAAACCUGAACAAAUUCAAUUAAUCAAGCACUAUUUCUGGUUCGGUAAUCGCAAAGCCGCGGUUCCAGACCAUUAUUUGCCAGGAUUUUUUCUUUUUUUUUUUUUAUCUACUACUGAACCCAAUAAGAAUCCAGAGUAGAAGAGCAGUGAAUUAUAAAUGUCUAAUUUACCACGUAAACAAGCGUUUCGCCUUAUAGUUUACAUAUCGAGCGCGGGAAAAUGACAGCUUGCAAGUUUAUUUUUAAUUAGUACCCUCCUUUGAAAAAAAUAUGUUGAAUACUAAAAGGGCUUGCUUGAGGAGCAUUUAAGCUGAUUUGUGUGGAUUUAAGGAUGGAAGCCGAUAAAAAAAAAUGGAUUGACGGCAGAUGUAAGACUGCCUUUUUUGGCAGCGUCACAAAAUUCACAGUUUUGCUCCGCUUAAUUAACGCACAAUGGCUUUCCCACCGUAACUGUCAGUCAUUUGUCUUCUAUCGUUCUUCAGUAAUUUUUUUCGUGUAAACAUUGGAGAUGAUAACUAGUGUUAGCUUAUCGAAUGGUACGAAUUGUAACCACCGGAAACCGCAGUAAACCUCUCUCAUGAGAGUAACAUGUCGUGAACCCUCAAACAUAACUCAGCACUAACCGUUACUUUAUUUUAUUCGUCUUGUCUUGAAACCGCAUGUUACAAGCUCCGCGUGGUUUCAAUGUUCUUUGUAAAAACUUCUUUAUUGUGAAAGCUCGUGCACGCCAUGUGCGACAUGUUCACUCAAAAUUCCCCGUAUUAUACGGGCAAAAUAUUUAUUAACCCAUUCGACUCCGGGAGUUUUGGCGGAAAAACGCCUUUUAAAGCGAGUCGAGCUGUUUUCUUGUCACUAUCUGGCCAAAAAGAAGCAAACCUGCCCAAACAUUGCUCAGGUUUAAAACUGGCACUGCUCCCUGAACGGUUACCUUUUGCUUUCUCUUCUUUUUGCGCCUUUCGCUUUUCUUCUUCCGUUUCGUGUUCUGAUCUUUCGCUGAGCAUCUAUACUAGGCUUUAUUUUGGUUAAAAAAUCUUCCGCAAAAACCCCAGCCGAGAAUCGUGAUAUCAGUUUGAAGGAAGUGAGGGUGGAUAGUGGAUAGUGUUGUUGUUGUUUUUACGUUUUUCUCUUGCCUGUUUUGACUAAACAGCACUCAUUCGGGUAUGGCUCGAAAGAUCUCUCUUCUCCACGCCCCUACAGAAGUUAGGCGAAAAAUUGUCUUUGACUUUGUAAACUGAAUGAUGUCACAAGCGAUACAAGGGUAUUGAAUACAUAAGGGCGGUUACAGGUGGUAAAAGUGGAGCGGGUUGAUUUUAAUUCUGAUUUCUUUUUAUUACAAUUUAUGAAUAGUGUCCAUGCUAUGGUGACUUAUCAAGUGUUGUUGAUGCCUCUAUUUUAGGAGCCUUGGCUAUGGAGUCUCUUCACCGUCAGGUUCUUCCUUUCCUGUUGAGACGCUUAAAGGAAGAUGUACUCCAAGACCUCCCUCCCAAAAUCAUACAAGACUACUAUUGUGAACUGAGUCCUCUCCAGGUGGGUAGUUAGUGGCUAACAGAAAAAAAUAGCCUACGCUUCCCCUAAUUUAUUAGCUUUGACAGAUCUGGCGGGGUCGCUCAACGUUUUUACCCUUUUUGGCGUACCAGGAUCUUCCCUAAACAUCUUUCAAUUGCAACUGAGCUUACCGGGCGGCGAUGUUUUAGUUUUAAUGUGAGGUAUCAUUUUGUUGGCGAAACCUCAAGCUCUUCUUGACCAAAAUUUAAAAUAAAAGCUUUGUUGAUAUGGGAACCGCACUUACGGUAGCUGUUGUAGCUAGUUUACCGGUAACCCACCCAAAUAAUCCAAACUAAACGUGACACGAUUUUAGACUGGCAGCAGACAUUUAGUUGGCUUUUGACAGGCUUGGCCGAAGAUCCGAAUUUGGGAUCGACGUGAAACGAUUCACGCGAGACAGCUCAUUGUCAGAGAGUAAUACGCACGGUCACUUAGGCGUCGCUUAAUGAGAAUUUACAAACAACAUACCAAACCAGCUGCAAAGCACAGAAAUUGUGGCACGAAACAUACUCUUGAAAGACGCUCCGAGAACUAAAAGAAACAGCUGGAAAAAUUUGAAAAUGCGUUCUGUAUUCUAUAACUUAAAAGGUUGUUUUUCUUUGUCUUUCAGGUUCAGUUAUAUGAGGACUUUGCCAAGUCGCAGAUGAAGAAAGGCUUGGAUGAAUCUGUCUCCCACAUGGAUGAUGGUGAUAGCAAAGCUAAAUCCAGCAAAGAAACACCUCAUAUUUUCCAGGUUUGGAAACUACCUUUUAAGCCCAUAAAAUCGACAGUCGGCAACAAAAUUGUUGAGACAUUGUAUUCAAAUAGGGCAUCUUCAGAGAACCAUAAAAAGUCCGCACCCCUGCCCCCUCCCCUCCAUUCAAAGUUGGGGUGUUUGUUGUUUUCUAUGGGUAGCUCGAACAGCGGCAUUCAAAGUACAGAAGAAUUGUAAUUUAUGCUGCUCAUCAAAUCUUUUUUCGGCCCAGUUAAAAUGACUCUUGGGUUAGUAUAUGCUAGCUACAGCUUUACCAAAACGGCGAGCUGUAAGACUGACUCUCUUUGCAGCCUGCCUUUCGUAUAACUGCGUAUCGUAUAACAGCGCCAGUUUUUUUCUAUUUAGUUUUCUUACGCCUCAUGUUUACACUUUGUUUUACUCAGGCUCCUCAGUACCUCCACAAAGUGUGUUAUCAUCCUCUUUCAGUUCCAUCUCGGGUUACUGCCCAGCCCAGUGCUUGGCUUUGAGCGAGCCACACCCGGGAGUAGCCAUGUGUUUUCUUGGGGCUGGCGGGUAUUCACUGGGAUUUAGAUGAGAGUUGUUCUGACCUUUAGUUACCUAACGCAAGACGGCGCCAGUGUGUUUUUUCUCGCCUAAUGUUUAUUCGUUGUUUUACAUAGGCUCUUCAGUACCUCCGUAAAGUGUGUAAUCAUCCGCUUCUCGUGCUCACUGCCAAUCAUCCUGAAUACAACAAAAUCAUGGAUCAACUGCGGCAGCAGAAUGGCUCCAUCCGGGACAUUCAACACGCUGCCAAACUUGUGGCGCUCAAGUAAGUUUUUGUAAUAAAAACGGAAAAUCCCUGCGCAGCGUUAAUGUUAAUUUGAAAAUUAUAAAAUCGACGCUGUUACAAGAGUGUUAGUCAACGUUUCAGCAGUGGUGCCUUCUUCAGGGUACAAGACUAUGCACCCGACACAAGGUGUAUAGUCUUGUACCCUGACGUGAAGAAGGCAAGAUUACCAAAAAGUCGGUUAAAAUUCGGGGCAACGAGGAUCCGCGAUUUAAACGCACCCAUAGAAACCACCUUUGUUUAAGAACAGAAUUCAUCAGCCCGGUAGCAAACUCUUGUAACAGCAUCGAUUUUACAAUUGCUCUUGAAAGUAGGUUUGUUGGUUUUAUCGCCUGCGGUACAAUCUUUAACCUUAGAUCAAGGUAAUUGCCAAUAGCGCUUAUGCGAAUCCGGCAAUUGGUCUGAGCUAGCCAUGUAACUCAAUUCGAUCACAGAAACGAAUAUAUCACAUAUAUCAGAUAUCAUAUCAUAUUUCUCUCAAACACUACAUUGAACCAGCCUUUCUAUAGAGGAAGACUGUUACCUUUUAAGUGGCUAGGUGACGCUCUUUUCCUUAUUUUUAAAAGCUAAACCAUGUCUUCGUCAUUAAUGCUUUGCAUACAAAAAUCCUUAUUGUUAGUGCUCCCUGAUGCAGUGUGUUUAACAUCUUCUUCGUUUUUCUUCAGGAGUAAUUUGUGUAUAAGUAAAGGUACCAAGUAGUGACCAUAUGUCAGAGUUUCCGUGAAACAGUAAUAGCCUCGUGGCAUAGCUCCUUUCUAUUGUUGUAAAUGGGGAAAUAGAGAGCUUUAGAUUUGAGGACGAGGACGACUUGGAGUACGAGUUUUAACUUAAAAGUCUUUUUGCGUAUUCUCGAAAAAUAUUCAACACGGAAAGCUUCAUUGUACUAUUUUGCACCCGAAAAACUAGUGCGGUUAUUUUUAUUGGAGAAGGUUUAGCCCUUUCCCGGUCGCAAAAUGAUUAAACUUGAAAACUUCAAAAGUUUGUUAACUUGUUCCCGCCAAUAGGACAUUCUCGGUAAAACUCGUAGUAGGAUGACGACGGCUACCACGUUUUCCCGCCAAAAUGACGCUGGUUGACGCGUGAGCAAUACUCAGUAUUGAGAAAAUCUCGUACUCGUAGUCGUCCUUGUCCUCUAAAGCUCUCUAAUGUUGAACAAAGUUAGUUUCUCUGGUUGCGUAUAGAUUUACUCACGAUAUAUCAAUCUUUCGUAAAACUACGCGUCCUCGUUGCCAGUCGAACUUGGCUAGUUCGGAUUUGACAUCACCCACCAAGCUUGUGGUGAUAAAUCGCGCUAUCGCGCUCAGUUCCAAGCCGCCUCCGUUGACUUGGAUAUCGUGAAUUGCCCCUGAGACGAGGCUGAAAAUUUCGCAUUUGUUACCUUCCUGCAGGCAAUUGUUGUUGGAUUGUGGGAUAGGAGUGAGUUCCUCGUCUCCAGGCUCCAACGAUUUGUCAUCAGACCCGGUUGUGUCUCAACAUCGUGUACUGUUGUUCUGUCAACUGAAGAGCAUGUUGGAUAUAGUUGAAAAUGACCUCCUCAAGUAAGGCGCUUUUAAUAUUCUUUACAUUCUAAGGCUGUCGUGUUUGGAAUUUGGAAAUUAAUUCGUCAGUUAAAUUUGAAAUGUCAUUACCACAGUAAAGAACUGCUCCAAAGGACGUCAUACGUUCACAGACUUUAGAGUUAAAAUUUUACCGUAAGCGACAAGAAAUAACUAGGCCGCGGUUGUUCAACACCAUCCACUAGAUAAAUUCCAAUCCAGGGAUCGCACAGGUUUGAAAAGUCCUUGAAUUUUAGAGGGGGUCCUUGAAAAGUCCUUGAAUUAUAUUUUUCCUUGAAAAGUCCUUAAAUUUCUUUGCACGUCCUUAAAAGUCCUUGAAUUUUCUGCAACAUUGAAUGAAGUCGCCUGGAAAGUGUUUUUAAUGCUUCUUGGUUGUCCGAAACAAAAUGUAAAUCAUAGCUCAGAGAAGUUAAAGGUGAUUUACAUAAAGCAUUUUUUGUUAUAUGUAAGUAUGAACUAUCAAUUUAAGACAAGUGAAAUGAAGAAUGAAGGGAAGUUGGUGGAGAAAACAGUUCAAGCCUUCAAGUCCUGAUAGAAUGGACUGAGAUGUGCUGUUUGGUACAAUCUUUUAAAUUACUUUCCUGGUAGCUUGUCGUUGAAUAUCGAAUGUGGUCCUUGAAAAAGUCCUUUAAAAGUCCUUUAAAAUUGUUGCAAUUUUUAGUAUGAACCCUGCAAUCCAGUGGAUAAGUAUUGGGGAAAUCAAAUGCGCUAUCCAGGGUAGAACCAAUUUAUCCGGUGGGAAGCGUUAUCCACCUGUUGAACGUCUGGGGCCUGUACUACAGAGGAAUAGUGCUCAGUAGCUGUCAUCUUUUAAGGGUUUCAUCCACGGACUCGGAGGUAAAAACAGACACUGAGUACUGAGCAAGAUUACAGAUCAGUAGCUUAUAUUUAAUUGGUUACUUUUGGAAGUACAUUCAUGGAACCCACAUUUGGAAUUUGCUUUUGCCAAUAAACAGUGUAACUGUAAACGACUGGUUUGCUCAACGGUUUUCAUUGAAAUAGUGUCUUUUGAAAAAUGGGAUAUUGUCCACGACCUCUAAGUUAGACAUAAGACAAGUUCAUGGAGUACAAUUAACAGUUCAUAGCCGAUGUUUUAUGUCUUGCUUGUUGUACUCUUACAGAAAGCAUAUGCCCAGUGUAACAUACCUCAGACUUGAUGGCAGUACACCCGCGGGCUCACGUCACUCGCUUGUGCAAAGGUAAGUACUUCACAGUAUCCCUUAUGUAUGAUUAUGUAAGACAAGCAAAUUUCGCGACCAAGCUGUGUUUGCGAACAAUAGUCUUCGCAUUUACACUCUUUGUGCUUGGGUGUUCUUUCCAACUGUGAACUCACUUACUCCCCUACGUACGCACGCACUCACUCACGCGCGCACUCACUCACUCACUCACUCACUCACCCACUCACUCUCUCAACCUCUUUAUUCCGGCUGGGACAUAAGCCCUCAAUCAAUCGUCUCCACUCAACCCUGUCCUUAGUGUUGGCCUACGCUUCAGCCCAUGUUAGACCCAGCUCCUCCAGCUUUUUCAUCACUGUUUUCUUCUGGGUGUUUUGUAGCCUCCCACCCAGGCGUUUUUAGGGGAGCUCGUAAGAAAUACGAGCUCCCCUAAAAACGCCUGCGUGGGAGGCUAGGUGUUUUGUGGCCGGCUUUCCUCUUCCCAGUUGGAAUCCACUUGAUGGCAACUUUGGGUAUCCUGUCACUGGGCAUUCUUAGGAUAUGACCAGGCUAUCGCAGCCUGCGGUUUUGAACUGUACUUCCUUAGGAAUUCAUGCUUGCAAAACUUUGCAAAUGUACAAUUUCGAAACGAGGCUUGGCAGUUAAAUUUGUUAGGGUUAGGGUUAGAGUUUUGUUUGACGUUGAUAUUUACAAGGACUAUUCUAACAGUUCAACCACUAGUUUAGUACUAGGUGCUAAAGCAUUCUUUUACCUUCGAAUUUAGAUUCAACGGUGACCCAUCUAUUGAUAUCUUACUGCUGACAACGCAUGUUGGUGGACUGGGAUUGAAUUUGACGGGUGCCGACACGGUUGUUUUUGUAGAACACGACUGGAAUCCCAUGAAAGACCUGCAAGUAAGUUACUUAAGCUGUCCUUAGGACUCAUGACGUUCUCUUUAAUAUGUCUGGAACCAGGUUGUCAUAAAUGACAAAACGACAGGAUAAUUUUUGUUACGCUUUACGGCUAAUUGUUUUUCAUUAAUGCAAUCUUUUGAAACGAAUUCGUUGGUUUAAUAGCUUCGCCAGUUGGUGUUAGUUCAGAGUUAGUCAACAUACUUUAUCACCACAGGUAUAGAUAACAUGUGUCUUGUUAACGUUUUGUUCCCUUUACCAUUUUCGUUUGCCUUGAUUUCACGAAAAUACUCCUGGCACCCAGCAUCCCCAUUAAUUUUCACUGCAUCAAUUCAAAGAUCUUAUGCCCUCCUACUCGUCAGAACAAACCUAAGCUCAGUUACUGCAAAGAGUCAUUUGUGAAAGCAAGUUAUCUACUGUUCUAACUUCUGAGUACGUUGAGAAAUUCCCAGUUGCAACCCUUCAAAGGAAACCUCUUUGGUAGCACCUUCGCUUGAAACUAUUUGAUUUUCACGGAGUGUUUUUCAUAAUAGACUACAAAACAGUCCCUAUUUUAGCGUAUUCAAGUAAGCGCGGAAGUCAAACAAAAGGUCUAGAACGAGGCUGAAAACAGAUAGCGAGACUGGGGAGAGACGCUUCACACGCCCUACGUGAGUGUGAGGCUCGCGCGCUUCGCGCGCAUAAGACUCUUACGCCACGCGUUAACGAUUUCUUUACUGAUUUUGAGAAAAAAAAAACCCAACUGUUUUGCAGUCUAUUUUCAAGAGAGAUGUGGCGUUUCUUUUUUUUUUUUUUGUUAAGUUUCGAUUUUUGACAAGGGCUGAGAGUAAGUUUUCGUUUGUUUUUUUUUCUUUUCCAGGCUAUGGAUAGAGCGCAUCGUAUCGGGCAAAAGAAGGUCGUUAAUGUGUACAGAUUGAUAACGCGUGGAACCCUGGAAGAAAAGAUUAUGGGGUAGGUUACCUGGAUCUAUAACAGUUCAUUACAAUGCGAUUACUCGAACCGGGGCACUUGGGAAAAGAUUAUCCAAUCACCACGUUUUCUGAGAACAAAAGAUUCUCAAGUUUUUUUGCAAACGGACCAAUAACAUUCUCUACUUUAAGGGCUGUUUCCUGAGAAGUCAGGUAAGUUCAACGGUGUUUAAGUUUUCAACGGUUGCAUAAAACUUGAGAAUCUUUUGUUUCCAAAAAACGUUGUGGUUGGAUAAUUUUCUUCGAAGUGCCCCGGUUCAAGUAUUCGCACUAUAAAGCCUGGUUCUCAUAUGCCGCCGAUGCACCUGCGACAUGGCCGCCGGUACUGCCUGGGAUACUGUUCCGAUAUGAGAACAGAAGUGGCCGGCAACAUUGGUCAUCCCAGUCUCGGCGCGGCGGUGCAUGUUCUCAUUCGUCCGAGAAGUAGCCCAGGCGUUCUGCGGCUUCGUCGGAGAUACAUCGGCGGCAUAUGAGAAACAGGGUUAUAGCAGCGCGAAUUCACUUGCUAAGUGACAUUUUCGUAGCCGUGGCCGUCGUUGUUGCUCAAGGUCCCUAAUUUUUACUCUUUCACUCAGACAGUCAUGCAGAAAUGACGAAAAGUCCGAGUUUCAGACAAGUGAAAAGAGCUGUACUUAUAAAAAUGCGAUCAUUUAGUUCUAGUUUUAUAAGUCAUCCUCGGAAAAUGUUUGUCCUAAUAGGCUAAGACCAAAUACUGCACCUAAAAUACCAAAAGCUAUCUUAUGCGAUUUAUUUUUUCACUGACCAAAUUUUAACGUUUCUCGUUUUGUUCUCAGCCUUCAGAAAUUUAAGCUAAACAUCGCCAACACUGUGAUAUCUCAAGACAACUCGAGUCUCAUGACGAUGGACACAGGGCAGCUGCUAGACUUGUUCACAGUGGAUAAGGAGAAGAAGAAAGAGAAAGCAAGCAGAGAACAGAAUGAAACCGGAAAAGCUUCACUCAAGAGCGUACUGGAGAAUCUAGGGGAGCUGUGGGAGGAGGAGCAGUACGAGACGGAGUACAACUUAGACAACUUUAUUCAAUCGCUCAAAUGA